UAGAAUAAGUCGAUAAUGACAAACCUAAACUGCAGACAAAGCUCACAAAAUCACACGCACCCGGGGCAAAUUUCCCAGCUCCGACCAUUCUCCGGCGUUAAAUUUUUCUUAAAAGCAAAAGUCAAACGCAAAAAAUUCAACUAUUUCACCAAUCUAUACUACAGUCCUCCGAAUCAGUCAGUUGGAACUACUUUCUUCACCCACAUCAUAAGUAAAAUGUGGCUCCCUGUUGCACAACUUACUAGUAACCGUAGGCCAGUUCUUAAUCAGGGAGAGGUUGAAUCUUGUUUACUUUCAUCCGUCGAUAUAGUUUGCGAGGAAAACCCCAAUUUGCCUCCUUUCAAGUCUGGACUACUAACUCUUACUACCCACCGGAUUCUUUUUACUCCCGACACCUCGUCCAAUGCGGUGGCGAUACCCCUUGAAGCUAUCACCCACAUUUUCUCAUCCAAGAAGUCGAUCAAGGCUAUGUUUGCUAGUCCUAGAGUACGGUUUCAGGUUACUACCACGGGUGAAGGAAGUGUUGACAAGAAUGGGAGUAAGUCUGCAGUGGUGACGCUUGUGUGUAGGGGAAAGUCGGGGCCUGAUCCUGAUGUGUUUGUCGGGAAGCUUUGGGAGGCGUGGAGAGGGAGAGCUUGGGAGGCUUCCAGUGAAGGGUCUGGGUCAAGUCUGGCUGUGACAGUUGAUCAAGGUGGGUCUGGUGCCGGAGUGUUUAAAAUGCCGGUGGUUGGGGUUUCAGGGAUUUUGAGGAAGGAACAGGAGAUGUGGGAGAGUACUGAUAAGAGUUUGCAAGAUGCUUUUCAGGACCUCAAUGCCCUUAUGAGUAAGGCUAAAGAGAUGGUGAUGCUAGCAGAAAAAAUGAGGCAAAAACUCCUCUCAGGUUCUACCAAUCAAUCAAGCUCAUCAACUGAUGAGGAGUUAGGUACCACCAAAGAGGAAAUGCAAGACUGGUUACUGAGUGUUGGUAUUGCCUCCCCUGUAACUAAAGAAGCUGCCGGUGCAUUGUAUCACCAGCAGUUGUCUCGACAGUUGGCUGAUUUCGUGAAAAUUCCGAUAGAGCGAGCUGGAGGAAUGAUCAAUUUAAUAGAUGUUUAUUGUCUCUUCAAUCGUGCUAGAGGCACAGAAUUGAUCUCACCAGACGAUUUGCUCCAGGCAUGUACACUGUGGGAGAAGUUUGACGUUCCAGUUAUGCUUCGGAAGUUUGAUAGUGGUGUCAUGGUUAUCCAGAAUAAGUCUCACAGUGACGAGGAGGUUCUUGCUAGAAUAAAGUCACUUGUACUGAAGCCGGAAGCCCUUCGGACUGGGGUCAGUGCCAGUGAUGCUGCAAUGACUCUGGGUAUUGCUCCAGCUAUGGCUAAGGAGCAUCUUCUUUCUGCUGAAAGCAAAGGUAUGCUAUGCAGGGAUGUCAGCCCUGAUGGCUUCCGCUUUUAUAUCAGUCUAUUUGAAGAAUUCCAUGGUGAUGAUAUGUACAUAGUGAAAGAAUAUGGGAACUAUGCUGCGUGGGUUGCUGCAAAUACCAUUUCUUUCAGGUGAAAAUGUUACAUUCCUUAUAAAUCUAGUACAAUUUGCAUCCGUCAGAACAAUGCAAAAAAGGUCAUGGUUCUACAGGGUAGUGGCUAUUUAGGGACAAACCAUAUUCUUCGUUAAAAUUGAACGAUCUUUGCCACACUUUCUACAUCUUUACAUGAAUACAUGAGCAACUAUAACAACGGCUUGGUUGAUUUUAUAAAAUUUUGAACAAGGAAGAGGACUACCUUGAAAGGGAAAAUGUGUAUCUAUUUCCUCGAUUUAGUCGGCGUCAAGUCUUUAUAGAGAUGCUUGGGGAAAGAAUAUUACUGUUAUAUCAUCUCUGGUGUUUUAUUAGUCAAUGUGUCUCUGAUGGAAGUUUUGUGAUUGGCAUAGUGAUUACAGUAAAUUAAGGCUUCCCUUGUAUCCACAUUUCUUUAAUAUUUGAUUUCAUAUUUCAUA